AGUGCUCUCCUGACGGUCGGGACUGACGGUCAGUGCGUACGCACGCACUGACCGUCAGUCGGCUUUAUGCAUUCAGUGCUCCACUGACCACCGUACGGAACAGCAGGGUAUAGUCGUGAUGUAUCCGUUUAUAAAUUGUUUAAUUACUCUUUACUAUUUGAGGCGAUUACGAAUGAAAAAAAAACGAAGAAGAUAUCACGUACAUCCAGUUAUUGCUAACAGGCUACUUGAAGGAGAAUUCAGUACUCUGUUUUCAAAACUUAGAAAUUAUAAUGAAAAAUUCUCUGAUUAUUUUGGGAUGUCAGUAAAAAGUUUUGAUGAACUGCUGGCAAGAAUUCAGGAUCAUAUUAAACAUCAUAACAUGUUUAGGAUUCCAGUACGACCCGUUGAAAGACUUGCUGUGACAUUGAGGUACUUAAGAACUGGACAAACGUUUUCGGACUUACAUUUCAGUUAUCAACUUGGCAAAUCAACUAUUUGUCUCAUUGUUCGAGAAGUUUGCCUGACUAUUUGGAAUGUGCUUCACAGUGAAUGUCUUUCGCUCCCUAGGUUCCCUGAAGAUUGGCUUAAAAUUGCUUCAGGAUUUGAGCAGGUUGCCAACUUUCCGAAUUGUGUAGGAUGCCUAGAUGGCAAACACGUGAGAAUUGUUUGUCCCGAAAAGAGCGGUAGCUUAUUUUUAAAUUACAAGAAGCAUUUUUCCAUCAAUCUACUAGCAAUGUGUGAUUCAGAGUAUCGUUUUACAUAUAUACAUGUUGGUUCGUGUGGGUCAGACUCUGAUUCAACAAUUUUCAAGAAUACUAGUUUGUACACAAAAUUACAUAAUGGAGAACUAAAUUUACCAAGUGCUAAGCCAUUACCUAAUACCACUGAACCAAUGCCAUAUGUGCUAAUAGGCGAUGGAGCGUUUGGAAUAUCGAAUAAAGUCUUAAGACCUUAUGUUCGCAGCAAUAUGACACAUAAAAAGAAAAUAUUUAAUUAUAGAUUAAGUCGGGCGAGAAGGUACAUUGAAUCGACGUUUGGAAUAAUGUCCAAUAAAUUUAAAAUAUUCCAACGCUCAAUAAAUCACUCACUGCCGAAUGCUAUUAAACUUGUUAAAACCUGUUGUAUUUUGCACAACUACAUUAGAGAAAGAGAUGGCUAUAAAUUUGAGGAUACGCUAACUAUUGAAGGAUUUCAAAAUAAUACCAACACUAACAACAUCUCGGUUGUCAGAUCCGGUGAUGUUUUGAGAGAUAAAUUUGCUAAUUACUUUGUUUCUGAAGUUGGCGCAAUUCCGUGGCAAGAUGAUUCUAUAUUUUGAUUGUUAUUAUUUAGAUACUUGUAUAUUCAAUAAAAAAUAUUUUUAAU